UGAAGAAUGAAGUUAAGCUAGCCAGUCGGCGGCCGACGGUUCAGUUGGUUCAUUAAACUUACCGAACGGCGUUGUAAUAUUAAUAUCGUAUAUAAUAGACAUCGCGUGUGGCGUGUACAAUAAAAUAAAAAUUCUAUCAUACUUGUUCGAGUGUCAGUCGGAGUGUCGUACAUUUAUUAAUAUCACCCGCGCGUAAAAGUCGUAUGUACCUGCGUAUAAGUGCUGUGUACACAGUCAGUGUCAUCGAAUAAUAUAAAAAUGUUAUUUUAUUAGUUUUCAUCAACUUGCCACGAUAACCCGCUGGAUACAAUAUAAUAAUAACAUUGAAGUUAAUGAAAAUAAAUUCGAUUUUAGUCGACAAAUGAUGAUCCCUCAUCUAUCAUUCCAGACUAGUUUGAUUUUCGCUACCGCCGUCAUUUACGUAUUGAUUUCCCUGGUGUCCAAUGCUAAUGGUCAAAUAAAUUGCUAUGAGUGUACAGUACAUCCACCAGAACGGUACAUGAACCGAACGACCAGACUGUGUUCGAAGUUUGAUGGAUCCGAUCAUUACAAAGUACACUGUCCAAAUUCUACAUAUUGCAUGAAAAAAUCGUUUCAACUCGAACUACAGGCCGGAAAAAUCGUAAAAGGAAAUGUGAGGGGGUGUGCUCCACAGAAAUACGAUUAUCAAGUUUUCAAAAACGGGUCGUGGAAAGUCGAGUCAGCCAUCGAGUACGAUUCGUUUAAAAAAGGAUGCUAUUCCGGCAACGAUGACCAACUAAGGACAGCGGAAACGCAGUUCUGCUACUGUGACGAUAACCUUUGCAACAACGCCAAACAGACGACGAACUUUUCCAGUCACACGGAUACGAUUGCCGUGAUCAUCAUUUACAACAUCAUGAGGUUUCUAAAAACCCACACGCAACCGGCGUAACGUAGCUUUCGUAAACAUCGUACGACGUCUAGAAGUCUUGGUCAACGGUACAAAGACUAAAUUAAUAAUAAAUGAAAAAACAAAAAAUGCUAAAAACAACAUAGAACGCGAAUGUGAAUAUUGGCAUUUUUUGGUUUUUUAAUAUAUUUAUUGGAACGACGUCCAAAAUGUAUACUGUUAUCUUAUCGUUAUAAUAUAAUAAUAAUUUAUCUUU